ACGGCCGCGUCAUCGUUCCGGGAAGCAGAUGGCGUCAUGCCGUGCUCCCGUAGCGCGGGGCGGGGACUUGAAACAAAGGAACAGAAAUAGAAGGUAGGAAGAGCAGUUAAUUGGGAGCAAGGGUCUCACAAAACAGUCCACCACGGUUUGAUUUAGGAAAAAAUUCACAUGGAUUUUUAUGCACUCCUUCUGCAAGAAUAAACAUAGGAAGAAAGAAACUCUCAUGAAACCAAGUGCUAACUUCAGCCAGCAUCACUUUUAUCCUCCCAGUGGGGCAGAAAUCUGAAGGACUUUUCAUAUCCAGAGUACAGCUCAAUUAGCUGAGUGAAGAUGUGGAACGAGUAUCUGAAAACCCAACGGAUGAAGGAGAGGGAGAAAUGGGAGUUGAUGAAGAUACCAGCUCUGCUAUUUUACCAGAUAGUGAACUGGGUACCAGUGCCCCUUCCUUGCGUUUCAGCAAGACCUGCCUGAAGAAUGUGUUUUCAGUAAUUCUUCUGUUCAUUUAUUUGCUGCUUAUGGCUGUAGCUGUAUUCCUUGUCUACCAAACCAUCAGCGACUUCAGGGAGAAGCUCAAGCACCCUGUGAUGUCUGUCUCUUACAAGGAAGUGUCCUUGUACGACGCACCUGGUAUUGCCUUUUACCCAGGAAAGGCUCAGCUGCUUAGCUGCAAGCAUCAUUACUAUGAUCACAUUCUGCCUCUGAUAAAUCCAGGUCAGCCAGGAGAAAUUGAUUGCACCACGCAGAGAAUCAACUACACGGAUCCUUUUACUAAUCAAACGAUGAAGUAUGCUUUGAUUGUUCAAGGCCCUCGUGAUGUGAAGAAGAAGGAGCUGGUGUUCUUGCAGUUUCACUUAAAUGGAACAGACCAAGAUUUUAAUGCCAUUGACUACCUUCUGUUUUCUUCUUUCCAAGAGUUUGUCAACAGUCCAGAAAAGGCCGAAUUCAUGAAGGACUGUGAAAGUUCCUACUCCAGCUGGAAGUUUUCUGGAGGCUUUCGAACUUGGGUCAAGAUGUCCUUGGUGAAAACAAAGGAAGAGGAUGGCAGAGAGACUGUGGAAUUCAAACAGGAGACCAGCGUGGUGAACUACAUUGACCAACGGACUAAGCUGAGAAAUGACCAGCUGUUUUUUGUGGUGUUUGAAUGGAAGGACCCUUUUAUACAGACCGUUCAGGAUAUAAUAACAGCAAAUCCUUGGAACACGAUUGCUCUUCUCUGUGGUAUCUUUUUGGCUCUGUUCAAGGCUGCAGACUUUGCUAAGUUAAGUGUGAAGUGGAUGAUCAAAAUCCGAAAGAGGCAUCUGAAGAGGAAAAGUCAAGUAAUGAACCACAUAAGCUGAGACUCAAACUGCCCUGUAACCAUCUGCAGCAGGAGGGACGGAGCAGAGCUGGAAUAAGCUUCCAUGGCAAUGCAGCCAGCAGGUAUGUUUCCUUCAGGAAAAACAGCUGCUGAAAGGAACAGCCUCGUGAACUGACGUCUGAACUUGUGGGGAGAGCUUAAUUCUAGGAACGCUAGGAACAGCUCUAACAAACUCAUCCUUUUCUAUUCCAGAUUUAACGAGUUGACCUCGUGUGUGGGGGGAGCGAAGGGGGUUUGCUAAUGUAGCAGUUAAGAUUCCUUAAAACAAACAAACAAAGGAACUGUUUUGGAUGAUGCUCAGAACAGCAGGCUGUGAAAGUGCUGCCUGAGCUCUGAACCCAUAUCCUCUACCAGAGUGCAGUUACUUCCUUGACUGUACUUAGUGGAAGGUAAAACCCAAACAACAAAACAGUCCGGCCUCCCCUCUCCAAAGAAUGUUUAAAACAAACAAAAUACACUGGAAUUUCUACUACAGCAUUUUUCAUUUGAAGUGUAUUGACUUGACUAUUGAAAACAAAUAAAGUAAGAUUGAAACGAGCUGUCA